AUGCCGUCGUCGGCUGGAGUAAUCGCCGUUGCGUGGGCCAUCGGGCUGUUUUCACAGUUGUCCGCUGCCAAUCGGAGGAAUGAAAGAAGAAGGAGAUACCUUCGACGGCUGGGAAUGCUGGUGGAGUGUGCUAUGGCUGGUCACCCUACGGCAUAUUGCAAACUGAACCACAACGUGCCCAUCCUGCGACUGUGGUUCAAUGUGGAGGCAGAGCUGAAGCAGGACUUUCGCCUCAGCAGAAGAGCAAUGAACAGUCUGCAGAGGCUGCUACAGCGCGAUCAGGACCAUGGCUGGGGAAUUCAGCUAGAAGUACUCAUCUAUGUUUUCUGGCUGGCCCAUGGACUGUCCUAUCGCGUUGUAUGUCGUGUGUUCAAUGUGCCCAAGUCCACAGUCCACCGCAUCAUCCACAAAAUAGCACAGGCUAUAUGGAUCCAGCUCAAGAAUUACAUCGCCUUCCCUCAGACAGGACAGCUUCAUGCAGUCGGACAAGGAUUUGCGGACCUAUCAGGGACCCCUGCAUUCCACAAUGUAGUGGGUGCAAUAGAUGGAACACACAUCAGGAUACAACCACCAGCACGGUACCACAUGGACUACUUAAAUUACAAAGGAUUCCAUUCCAUAAACAUGCAGGCAAUAUGUGACUCCAGUGGAAGAUUCCUGGACAUCUUUGUUGGCUACCCGGGGUCAGUUCAUGACACCCGUGUACUGAAGAACAGCAGCUUUUACAGAGCGAGACGGUACCCUCCCACAGGCUACAUUCUUCUAGGAGAUGGUGGCUAUCCAUGUUUGGACACACCAGUCUGUCUGAUAACACCGUACAAAGAGCCAGUGAAUGGACCAAUACAGGGGCGAUUCAAUCAUCAUCACUCCAAAGGACGCAGCAUAAUAGAAAGGGCCUUUGGAAUGAUGAAAACCAGAUGGAGGUGCACUCUCUUCAAAGCCUCGGAGGUCAAACCAACAUUUGCACCUCAGGUUAUUGCGUCCUGUGCCUUCCUGCACAAUGUGUGUCUGGACAGUGGGGAUGUGCUGGAGCCAGAUGAAGAUGCUGCACAGGACAUGCUGGACCCCCAACCUCCAAGGGAACCCCUGGCAGCUGAUGAGAGGUCUGGCAAUUCAACAAGAGACCACCUGGCCUCUCUGAUCUCGGGCAAUGUGUAG